AUGCACUCGAUUCACUCGCUACGAUUUGGGAACUUCGCGCCUGCCGUCGUCCCCGCUGAAAUGCUGUUGGUCUUAGACAACGCGAGAUUAGAUUAUUUUGCUCAAAGCGCGAGUAGCCGACGAGCGCACGUUUUGACGCGGGUCACGAGUGACAUCAAUAAUGAAAUAGCUCCAAUGAAGGAGUUCCGAUGCCUAUCAAAAGGGGGCCGGCGGUACGGUAGCGCGACACGAACGGUUCGAGGCCCGAUAGCACCCGCGGUUUAUCUUAUCUGCGGACGGACGAAAGCGAUCAGGUACUAUUUACUACAUACCGAAUAUUGGGACAUCUUAUCGAUAGAGGUGCGAGGAUUAAGUUCUUUGACCCUCCGUCUUAUCCUGGGUCAGAUCGCUUGCGUUGGCGUAUUACCGUAG